UAGGAAGUAAGGUGACGUUUUCAUACCCCAAUCAAAAACCAAGUUAGGUGGAAGGGAUGGUAUUGAAACCUCUCGAAUCCGAAGCCUUGCAUGAAAGGUAUACGCUAUUUCUUUCUCUUUCUCCUUCUCUUUAACUUCGAUAUUAUGUGCGAUUAAGCCGCCGAAUGGAUUCAAGUCUUCAUCGUUUUCUUCCCUUGCUUUAGGCUUAUCUAGGAUAGUGUGGAUCCUCCGUUUGCAGAGACCUAUGUUGCGGCGCGCCGCCCUUGUAGCGGUGCUGGUCGGCCUUGGAGCGAUACUGAUACCGCUCCUAUCACCACAAGGCCAGCAAGCACCCAAGUAUCAUGUGCAAGGGAAGAAUAAUACAAUAUUGUUUUUGACGAAUGAGCAUGCUGGUCUUUGCAAUGUGCUUUUGGCAACCGCAUAUGCCCUGCUCGAGAAUCACCCGCAUAUUCAAGUCCACUUCGCAUCCUUCCCGAAACUGGAGCGGAGGGUCCGGGAGACCUCUGCUUUCCUCACUACUAUGAAGACGGUCCCGGGUAUUACAUUUCACCCCCUGCCCGGGCCGACAUAUACCGAAGCAUUGUUGGAGUUCCGAUCCGAGACGAGCAUUAUCCACCCGCCGGGGUUGGCAGGAAUUGAUACCAUGGCUCCGAAUUUGCCAGACUUUAUAUCGCCUUGGGCAGCGGGGGAGUACUACAACAUAUACAAAGCUAUUUCGGAAACCAUCGACCAAGUAGAUCCGGCCGUCAUAGCCUUAGACACGAUGCUUGCACCAGGAUUCGACGCGACGCGAGAGAAACGGCGAGUCCAUGCUCUGGUGACGCCGAAUAUUCUGGCGGAUAUGAUGCCUGCGGAGCAGCCUAAGUAUACGUUAUUCUGGAAAUACCCAGCGCUGGGAUCCGGCUUCCCAUACCCCGUCCCUUGGAAGUUAAUUCCUGCAAAUAUCUACAUUAACUUCCGCGUCAUCAUGAGCUUCUUGUCGGCUCCACAGGUUAGGGAAAAGAGAGCGUUCUUGAAAGAGAAGGGGUUGGAAAACCCGGUCGACUUCAUGGGCUUAUAUCACCCCGAAGUUCCGUGGAUUACCCAGACAUUGCCGGGAGCUCACACGCCCCUAAAUAUCAUUCCACGCAAUGUGGUUCUCGCCGGACCAAUCAACCUAGCCGGGACGGAGACGGUCUCGGAGUCCGGGGCAGAGUUGUUGGCUUGGCUCCAGCAAAAGCCAACUGUACUUAUUUCCUUGGGGAGCGGGUUCAAGUACACUCACCAUGAUGCGACUGUUAUGACUGAAGCAAUUAGACAAGUUCUUCUUGCCACUGACGUACAGGUGUUGUGGAAGAUGGUCAAACUCGAAGCCUACAACGCCGACUUCAUAAGCGCAGCAAUGGAGGAAGCAGCUGGACGCUUUCGUGUCGUGAAGUGGCUCGAUGUGGAACCUCCCACACUGCUUCAGUCGGGACACAUUGCAGCUUUUGUUCACCAUGGUGGCGCCGGUUGUUACCACGAUGGCCUUUCUGGUGGCGUUCCCCAGGUCAUCUUGCCGCAGUGGGUAGACCUGUAUAAUUUCGCUCAACUUGUGGAGGAUCUGGGCAUUGUAGAGUAGCUAGGAAUCGUCCUCUCUAUAAGAAUUCCAAAACGUAUUGCAAUGUGAAGGACGCCCAAAUUGCAUCCAACUACUACAGAAUAGAGGUACCGUAUUGGCAGUAUCUGGCUGGCACUCUGAGAUAUAGCAAACUAUUCCGA